UACAUACAUAGGUCCACACAAUUACACGUGCUAUAUUAUGUAUACUCACACCUUAUAAGGGUAUGUGUGAUUGUAAAUAUCUACAUAGUGAUGUAUAUGUAUGUAUAUGCCAUUUGUGCGAAUGUAUGGUUGACAGGACACAACAGCGAAAUUGUGCCCGUGUAGACGCGCAAUUGUCCGAUACGGUCAGCGGAUUACCUUCUUUACCGUCUUCUUCUUGCUGAUUGUCAGCUGGCUACGACGUUGCUAUCUUUGUCGCACGCUUACGUUACGCGCCGCUCGCCUAUUAAUCAUUACAUUUUUGGCUGUCACUAAAAUCGGUGGUGUGGUUUAGCUUGGCUCAGCUUGGUCAAGAGCGCGCGCAACUGACCAAAUGCCCAAAAGGAAGCACUGCAAACACGCGYAUAAACACAUACACUUUAAUAAAUUCAUGUGCAUGCACAUGAUAUUACAUACACACACAAAAACAUUCGCACAUAUGCACACGUGCUCAUAACCAUGUUGUAUCCGUUAGUAGUAAAUUUGAACGCAACUACACUGUCGUACAAUAAGGCGGUAGUUUCUGCGACGACCAUCAUGGUGGCGGUAAAUUUGUGCAAAUUCAAAUACUUUCGCCGCUAAAAUUAAACUUCGGCGCUCACUAGGUCCAGUUUAGCGACACUCGCGUUCGUAGUCGCGCUCGCGCUCAUAGUUGUUGGGCCUUAUUUACACUCGCGACAAUUUGUCGCCUUACCGGUACGUCGUUCAUAUUCGAAGGUUCGCAAAGCACCGUUGAACGGAAACACAAUCACAUCCUUUGGACACGCGGACGAGACAACAGCGCCACGGUGAAGGCAUAAAAAGGUGACAAAGUUACGAUCAAUAUAAAUAAAUGUGCUUUUCCACGUUGCGGACAUAACUACGCGAAGUGACAAAUAAUAAGAAGAGAAUAAAACUCAAUUUCAGUGAAAGUGUGAUUAUUUCUAAUUUGAUAACGUAUAUACUAUGUAAAUGUACGUAUAUAUCAAUAUGUAUACGAAACAUGUAUAUUGAUCCAUAUUAAAGUGAAAAAUAGUUAUUAUAAAGCUACAAACAUUCAAUUGUCCAAUUUUGAUUUAGUAAUUAUGCUAAAAUUUUCGCGAUUGUAUUACAAGUGAGAUAGUGACGAUAUACAUACAUACAUGAUUUAUUAAAUUGUUUGAAAGGAAAACUGUUGCACUGAAGUGUGAUUGAUUACACUGCUUACAUGAGUAAAAAUAAUAGUUGUACGUUAUUGUGUGUAUGUUACGUUUUGUAUUGAAAAUUUUAUAACUUAGGCAGAAUUAAAGACAAGCUAAUAAAAUAUAAAGUAAGGAAUUGCUUUGAAGCAGAACCUCUUUCAUUCUUUGAACUGUUUCAAAUAAACGAAUUCAAACUGUUCGAAAACGGUCURAAGUUGGAUAUCUCCAGCUAUUCCCAUAUGAAUAUUCGGAUGACUACAAAGGGCAAACGCCCAUUGCGUAGUUUGACUCCAAGUGAUAAAAUCAACGCCAUUCAACGAAUUCAUGAUGGAGAGUCCAAAGCAUCAGUGGCUCGUGAUAUUGGAGUCCCAGAAUCCACAUUACGUGGGUGGUGCAAAAACGAGGAUAAGCUGCGUUUCAUGUCACGACAAACUGAUAAAAUAACAGCUGAUUCCUUGGCCGAAAAGCUGGGAACAUCGCCCGCUAUUCUCGUAGGACCUCCCGAAAAACGUCAAAAGUUGGACGGUAGUUCUGUACCCUUCAUUUAUUCUAAUAAAAUUAAAUUUGAUGAUAUGAUGUAUAGACGGUCUCCGCUAAAUGGUAUUGAUUAUGCGUCAAGCAAAACACUUUCAGAGAUUACUUUCAAUGGCUUGUCUACGGACUAUGUUGCUUUCAGCAGUGCUGUAAAGAAUAAUAAAAGUUUUGGCACUGACGUAUCACGUCAAACAGAUCCAGCAAAUACUGCUAUAAGUCCACUCACAAGCCUGUCUCACCUUUCCGGGCUCUCUGGCCUGGCACAAUCACCUCUAGCAAUUAGUUUCAAUGAACUUACAUCAAAUCUAAAUAUUUUAGCACAGUUAAAUCCUGGACUGGCAGCAAUGUCUUGUCUAAAUGAAUUAGGAGCUACAACAAACCCAUUACGUAACGCAAAAACAAAACCUCAACAAUUGGAAAGUCCUCAGAGUGACUGUGGAGAUCGACAACAGGGGUUAUCUGUUAAAAAUUGGGCGAAACAAAAAUCCCCAUCAUCGACUUCAGAAGAAUCCUGUUAUGGACUUAACCUACGUUUAAAUGAAGAUAAUAAUAAAAACAAAAUUAAAUGCCCUAGCCCAUCUCUCGCACCAUCGCUUUCUAUUUUAUCAGAUGAUCCCUUAAUUUAUUGGUUGAAGUCUCAGCAAGCAGUGUUGGGACUGAAUAAUAUAUAUCCAUCGCAACUGGCACCGCCAAUGGGGACUUCAAGUCCACCUUUGCGCUCUUCAACACCACAUCAAUCAGCGAAACUUCAUGUCACGACCCCACUAAAUGUUUCUGCAUCAAUGACCUCAUCGACUGCACCUUCUUUGGAUGGUAAAAACUCCGCAUGGCUUAAUUGGUGCAAAGCUUUGGGCGCUAGUCUUAAUUCGUUAGCACCAACUACUGCGAGCGCUGUUUUUCAUGGCCCACCUAUAAAACAACAACAUCAACCGUCUUCCAUUGCGACCAAUUCAACAGAUAUUGAAACUACUGCAUUGACAUCAAAUAUAUCCACUCAUAGUUCUCAAUUGGAAAAUAUUCUAUUUACUCAACUAACAAAAAGUAUUGACAGCUGUUCAACGGAAAGUUCAACAAUACUGAACAAUAUCCAUUCUACCCAUAUGGAAAAUGUAGAUUCUUCAAGCAAGCCCGAAGAUCUAUCAGCUCGCACGGUAAAAAACAAUUUAACAGCUACUUCGCCAUCACCGACAGUACCAGCCAAGAACUCAACACCAAGCCCUAACACAGGAAAAACUUUAGUUCCUACUCCAAUACAUAGCCCAAAUGAGCAAUUAAUAGUAGAAGCUCCCAAUUCUCCCCUUUAUAAUGAAGAAGCAGAAGACUGCGGUACAAAUAUGUCAGAUUGCAAGGACGUUCUGGAUAAUUUAUUGUACAAAAUCAAUAACAAUCCGUCUGUAAUUUCAUUAAGUAAAGCUACUACUCCGACAAGUGUCGAAGGUGCAGAUGAUGAUGGAUGUAUAAGCGAAUCUAAUAUUAGCUAUGGAAGUGACAAUCAUCAACAUAGUAGCGAUGAAAAUGUCAAUAACAACAAUCAUUCCAAUAAAACAGAUGAAGAAGAACGCUUUAAAUUUUCGGCGUUAAAAAAAGAAGAUGAAGAUUAUGAAGCCAUAAAUCAUGGAGAACAAUUUCUUAAAUGGUUAGAAAACUGUAGCAAUCCUCGCAUAACGGCGUCACAUUUAAUGCAAUUGAGAUUCCUUAUAUCAGCGCUAAAAUCUAAUUGCGAUCCUAAUGAUGAAAGUAGCCUGCAUAAUUUAAAUAGGAGUAGUACGGAAAGAGCUCCUGAAAAUAUUGCUGAUACAUUGGAAGAUAGUAGUCUUAUAAAUAAAGGACGUCGUCGAAAAUAGGAAAAACCAAGAUCGACAACAAUAGACACAAAAUCCGGAAAUCCAAAAGAGAAUAUCAUACAUUAUGAAAAUCUUCAGAGUUCUUCAAAUGAUAUAGUAACCUUGAAUAGGCAUUCAAUUUUAUCGAUAUAUAGUGUUAAUACUGAAAUCACUGGAUAAAGUCAAAGGAAGGAAGGAAAGCAAAAAAUAUAGCUUAAUUUGUAAUAUCGAUAGCGAAUCUGUUGAUUGAGAUAUCUACGUACUACUAACAAUAUAUUUACGUUUAUUUACGAAUAUAUAUUAAAACUAUUUACAUACAUGCACAACGAUAUUUUUACUGUCUAAAUUGGAAUUGCAUUCAAUUUGCUCCUUUGUCAAAAUAAGAGUACUAACAAAUGUAACGGAAGAGAUAGUGCCGUAAGGUUUGAAACUUAUUCUGAUAUUGAACUCAUGUAAUGACUUUUAAAGAAGUAAUGAAAUGUUUGAAGAGAAUUUAGGUCGAGCUGAAUUCCUAAAUUCCGUCUUCUAUAUAUUACUUUUAAUACCAAAACAAAAAAAGUAGUACACCUUUUAUUGGUUCUAAACCAUUUGUAGCUUUAUAUACAUUCAAUACAUAUGUAUUUAAAUGUACGCUUAAGUACUCGUACAAAGUUUUGAAGAGGAAAACCUACAUAUGUAUGUAUGUAUAUGUGACAAUAUGUUAAAUCAA